UUAGGUCACCUAGGAGUGUUCUUCCUUUUCUCUUUGGCCCGGUGGCCAUGGCUGCCUCGCUCUCGCGGAAUUCGUCCGGCCGGGCGGCAGCAGGAUUAUUGCCCUAUCCAGCCAAGUUCCACGUCGCGGCGGCCUACGCGGGCUUCUCAGCUGACGACGACGACUACGAGAAUGUGGCUCUCCCGCUCGGAUCGCUCUUCACGCCAGAGAUGGCGCUGCUCUUGUAUGGGCUCUAUAUGCAGGCCACGGUCGGGCCGUGUACAGCUGCGAAGCCUCGGAUGUGGAAUACCCAGGAGCAUUUCAAAUGGAAGAGUUGGAGCGAGUUUAAAGAGUUGCCAUCAAUUGAAGCUAUGCGGCUCUUCGUUAGAACCUUGGAAGAACAAGAUCCAGACUGGUAUUUCAAGUCGCAAGGGAGCGAAGUUGAGGCAAUUGGCGAAAUGCCUGUGCAAGACAAUGAUUUAAAUCCAAGUCUUCAAGAGGAGGACAUCCCCGCUGUAAACAAUUCUCCUCCAUCUCCCCCGCUGCCAUCAGCAAAUGGUGGGAUCGGCACGGAGGUGAAAAUGGAAGAAAACGAUGUCGAGUGCUCCACUAUUAUGGAGAUUGAUGUUCGCAACGAAUGGCUUUCACCUCUGGUAUCUGGACGACGACCAGCAGCUCGCUAUCAGCAUGCAGCAGCGGUUGUACACGAUAAGAUGUUCGUGAUUGGAGGGAACCACAAUGGCCGGUACUUGAACGAUGUCCAGGUUCUCGAUCUAAGAACGCUCACCUGGUCCAAAGUUGAGCAAAAGCUCCCAACGUCUCCUUUGUCGUCGUCCAUGCCUCCGAUCCCUUCAAAUCAGAUUUUGUCACCCUGUGCCGGUCAUAGCCUGAUUCGGAAGAACAGGAUGCUGUUUGUUGUGGGUGGCCACUCGAAAAACUCCCCCGACUCUGUCUCAGUUCAUGCUUUUGAUACGGAGACUUUCACUUGGUCGCUUUUCCCAACGUAUGGACAAGCUCCGAUCGCGAGAAGGGGCCAGUCCGUUUCACUGAUCGGAUCCAACUUAGUCAUGUUUGGUGGAGAAGACUCCAAAAGGCGUUUGCUCAAUGACCUCAACAUCUUUGAUCUGGAAACAAUGACAUGGGAAGCUGUCGAUGCAAUAGGACCGCCUCCAUCUCCUCGUGCCGACCACGCUGCAGCGGUCUAUGCUGGUCACUACCUAUACAUAUUUGGGGGUGGCUCACAUUCCAGCUGCUUCAGUGACUUGCAUGUUCUGAACUUGAAAACGAUGGAAUGGUCCCGCAAAGAGACUGAGUAUACACCCACGCCUCGUGCAGGCCAUGCUGGCGCAACAGUUGGUGAUUUGUGGUACAUUGUUGGUGGAGGGGACAAUAAAUCUGGGAUUUCCGAAACGAUUGUACUGAACAUGAAAACGCUUGACUGGUCACUUGUAACUUCUGUGCCUGCACGGACGUAUAUCGCAUGCGAGGGAUUGAGUCUCGUCUCCGCGUGUUUGAAUGGCGAAGAAACUUUAAUAGCCUUUGGUGGCUACAACGGAAAAUACAGCAAUGAGAUGCAUGUCCUGAAGACGGGCAUAAGCCAAUCAAAGGCGUCUCCAGCUCCAAGUUUUGGUGGCAGCCAUUUUACGGAGGUUGGAGAAUCUGCAGACGUGCCCGAGAGCUCAAUAAUUUCGAAGGAACCAGUAGAUCAUCAGCCUACGCCUACGGAGAAUGGCGGCUACAACACUCCAAAGUUGCUGGAGCUUAAACGGGAGCUUGAGGUGGCUCUAACGUCAUGCCAAGACGAAAAUAACAAGCUAAAGAGCGAGCUGUCGAUCACUACGAACGAUCUCUCCAUGGAGUUGCAGUCAGUUCGGGGCCAGUUCGUGGCCGAGCAAACGAGAUGCUUCAAAUUGGAGGUCGAAGUCGCAGAGCUGAGGCAAAAGCUCCAGUCCAUGGAGGCGUUGCAAAAGGAGGUGGAUUUGCUACGACGGCAAAAGGCUGCCUCGGACCAAGUCGCGGCCCAGCUCGUCCAGCAGAAGCAAAACGCCUCUGGAGGUAUGUGGUCGUGGCUCGCAGGGACUCCCGGCGAGGGAGGCAAAGUUUUAGAUUCCUGAAAGAAAGCUUAGCUGCACGAAGGAGAGAAAACUUAAAAACCGUGACGAUGAGAAGUGGAAAAAGAAGCUCGGCUUCGAGAUUUUGUGGUAAUGCGAGGUAAUGGUUUUUUCCAAGCUCUAGAUCGUGUUAACUCGUUAGAUUCCAGGCCGUUUUAUAAAGAUAUUAAUCGGUAUUUUUUAGCGAAGCCAUUGAACGCUGUGUAACAUUGGCGGUACAGCAAAUAAAUUUUCAUUCCUUUCGUGCU